GACGUCACAAACAAUCGCCCCAAUUGGUCGGGUGACGUGUUGACGAAGCGACGCUGCUCGUCCGCUCGUCUGGUCAAGCGCGAUCCAUCAAAAGGUGCAAACGCAACGAAAGCGACCGUCAACGGGAGCAGCGGGCACCACGAUGCUGUCCCCGGGGGGGCUGCACCUCCUCCGGCUUUCCAUCAGAGCGUCCCGGGGCUCGGCCUUCCUCGGGAAGUAUCCUCUUCCUCCCGCUGGCUGCUCAGCUCCACGCCGUCUGUCCUCCUGGGGCGCGGAUCCCGGAUGGUACCACCAGGCAGCGCACUCGGCCCCCGUGCACCUGGCUGCGGACUUCCUGGUUCAGGUCCAGCAGACCAGCGGUCUUCCCUGGUGGAUUGCCAUCGCCGUCAGCACCCUGAGCGUCAGGACCCUGGUCACGCUGCCCCUCGCCGCCUACCAGAUGCGGGUCCUCGCCAAGGUGGAGGCGCUGCAGACGGAGAUCGCGGCGCUAGCCAAGAGGUUGAGGUACGAAGUGUCCGUCAGGGCAGAGGAGCGAGGAUGGACGGACAAGCAGAGUCGGUUUCAGUUCCAGAAGAAUCUGCGGCGUUUGGUGUCUCAGUUGUACGUGAGGGAUAACUGUCACCCUUUCAAGGCGUCUCUGCUGGUUUGGGUUCAGCUGCCGCUUUGGAUCAGCCUGUCCCUUGCCCUGAGGAACCUCAGCAACCAAGACUCCUCGCUGCAGACCUGUUUGUCCACCGGGGGCGCUCUGUGGUUCCCCGACCUGACGUCGCCCGACUCCACGUGGCUCCUUCCGCUCGCUCUCGGCGUGACCAACCUGCUCAUCGUGGAGGUGUUUUCCCUGCAGAGGUCCGACCCGUCGCCCGUCCAAAAGUUGCUGACGAACGCCGUGCGAGGUUUGUCGCUCCUGAUGAUUCCGAUCGCCGCCAGCGUCCCGUCGUCGAUGGCGCUCUACUGGUUGUGCUCCAGCCUGGUGGGCUUGGGUCACAAUCUUCUGCUCCGUGCUCCCGGCCUCCACAAGAUCCUCAAACUUCCCACGCGGCGUUCCGAGACACCCUACAAAGACUUGAUGGACGCCAUCAGCAGGAAGUAUUUCAGGUAAACAGGAAGUUGUCAGCGACGGAACGGGAAGCGGUAGCGAAAUCCGGGAGCGGGUCCGGGUUCGUUCUGGCUUUGUCCCAAAAGUAGCAAGAGUGCAAGCAAACAGGAAGUGGAACUGACUAACAACGCGUGUGACUUUGUAUUGGACUCGCUGAGCCGAUCAAGAACUUGUCUGUAUUUGCUGCCUUGAUUAAACAUUAAACAAGAAUUUCCUUUAUUUA